CAUAAGAAGGAAGAUCCGGCACCUACAAUAUCUCCAGAGAGCACAUUACAACUUUCAAGUGAUUGGAGAUCUCUUCACAAAGAGAUAAUGGGACACUUAGCUAGAGUAAAUGAGCUAAUGGAAGAAGAGAAAAAUAAGAAAGAGCAAGAGGCUGCAAGUGCACGAUCAAUUGAUAUUAAUAAGCAUGGUGCUUCUUCAAGCUUAAUCCAUGGCGAGGAAGUUGAGGUAGAAAUUGAAGAAGACGUGGAUGAGAAAGAAGAGGUUCUUGUUGAUGGACUUACUAUAGUCACGUGUGAAGAGGAUUCACAAGCUUUGAUUUCAGCUCAAAAAGAACUAGAAAGUGAAGUAGAAGAAUUAGAAGAGGCAAAGGAGGUGAAAGAAGGUAUUCUUGUUGAUGUUCAAGAUUUGAGUGCACCUAGAGUUGAGCACUACACUGAGGAAUCAGAAUUCGAUGGAGACAAUGAAUGCUUGGAAAUUAUGGAGCAUUUACCGAUAGUUCCCGAAGUUUCUCAUGUUGAUUUCGUCAUUGGGGAUUCAAUUUCUAAAGAGGAAGUUCGCUUGGAGAAUCGACAAGAAAUUUAGCGUUAUGUAAAGAGCUUUCAUCACAAUAGUGUCUUUACAACUCGUGGUCGAGUUGUCUUCAAGAAGGGGGGAAUAAUAGGAUCCUCACUACCAAGACAAUUUUGUUAGAAGACAAAGAAAAAUGGAGGUGAUCGGAGAUCAAGAUUCUGUAAAGAUUCGAGGUCAAAUCUUCUUCAAGAGAGAGGGAAUGAUGUUUGAGAGGGAAUGAUGUGUUAUCGACUAGUGCAAUAUUUAAUUCCCGUGGUCCAAAAAUGAAGAUUCAUAUUCGACGAUUUAAGGAUCAACUAGGAGCAUUCUUGAUGGAUAAAAUGGAGAAUGCAUU